AAUCUGCAAAGUUCUACAAGAAAUCUUCAAACUAACUAACCACUGAUCAAUUCAAUGGCAGACAUAAUAUCAAAUGUGUUUAAUGAAAACGAUGAGUUUCGCGCUCUCAUACUAUCAGACAAGGAGUGCGCGGAGGAACUGCAAUACCAAGAGGUUCUUGCAGCCUCUUUAGAAAUCUUCCAUCUUCACAUGUCAUCAACACAAAUUGAAGAAUCCCCUGAAUCAUCCCAAGGUUUUUGUGACAUUUGUAUGGAGACAAAAGUUACAAAUGAAAUGUUCAAACUCGAAAAUUGCUCUGAUCACUCAUUCUGUACUGAUUGCAUAGCCCAAUAUAUCCAGUCCAUGAUUCAAGACCAUAUUUUCUCAGUAACUUGCCCUGGUUUGAAAUGUUGCGCGACAAUUGAACCUGUUUCUUGUAAAUCCAUCAUCCCAGAAAAUGUAUUCGAAAAAUGGGAAGGGGGAUUGAGUGAGUCUGCUCUUCUUGAUUGCGAGAAAUUCUAUUGUCCUUACAAAGAUUGUUCAGAGCUUCUGAUUUAUGAUCAUGAUCAGGACAUAAUUGAGUGUGUAUGUCCUGUAUGCGACAGGCAGCUCUGCGCGGCCUGUGGCGUCCCUUGGCAUACUGGACUUGAUUGUGACAAGUUCCAAAAUGAUGAAAAAAACAGAGAAGAUGAUUUAAAGGUUGAGGAACUUGCUAGCAGCUCCAAAUGGAUGAAAUGCCCUCACUGCAAACAUAUUGUGCAGAAGGCUGAUGGUUGUAUACACAUAACCUGCUGGUGUGGAUCUCAAUUUUGCUAUAUAUGUGGAGAAAAAUGGAGCGAAAGCCAUUGGAGUUGUCAAAUUAGUGAAUGAUACCGGAUUGCUUCUAAAGAACUGGGAAGAUUGAAAAAGGGGUAAAUUAUGCUAAGUGGCCAUUCGCCCCUUUGCGACCAAAAUUAGCAAAAAAAUGUUGUUCCGUCCUUCUUCAACUUUCGACUUUGCCAUUAAUGUCUUCUUCACCUUACGAUUCUACCAUUAAUGGUUUCUUUUCCUUCUUCUUCUUCCAUUCUCCUCCAUCUUCUUCGUCUAUUCAUCCUCUUUUUUAUUCUUUAAAUUUGACAAAACUUGAAUAGUUUCAAGUGAAUUAUAUAUCAAACGAUUCGAAAUAUUGAGAAGAUUUCAUAUUUUAGACGUGAUUUUGAAUUGAUUGAGAUUGAAUACUUAGUAUAUAUUUCAUGUAUAAUUAAAUCGUAUUCAGUUUUUUGAAUGUAUUAUAAUGUUUACUCAUUGUAAAGAUAAGUUAGUAUUGUAUACUUUUUAUGACUUUCUGCAAGUUAAAUUGUAUAGUCAGUGUACACUUCCUA